UUGUAAAAGUAUCGACUUGACAUCGUAUCGAAUAAUGUGUUCCUACGUGUACCUUUUCUAAAGAUUGUGAAUUGUAGCAAGUGGAAAUAAAAUUCGUAGUCCGCGAAUCUACGGAGAUUCAAGUUUUUCCAUUAUGAACCAACCUUCAAAAGUUAUGUGGCGCAAAUCUGUUGGGUUCAGCAGUUUGAUAACGUUCACUAUUCUCUUGAUUGCGUGGCUGGCAGGUUUUUCAUCACGACUAUUUGCUGUAAUUCGUUUUGAAUCCAUAAUUCAUGAGUUUGAUCCUUGGUUCAAUUACCGUGCUACUGCUUAUAUGGUACAACAUGGAUUUUACAAGUUUUUAAAUUGGUUCGAUGAACGUGCAUGGUAUCCUCUGGGAAGAAUAGUUGGUGGAACAGUGUAUCCAGGAUUGAUGAUAACUUCCGGUGGAAUUCACUAUGUAUUACAUUCUUUGAACAUACCUAUUCAUAUUCGGGAUAUUUGUGUGUUCUUGGCACCAGUAUUUAGUGGGUUAACAUCAAUAUCAACGUAUUUACUCACUAGUGAAUUGUGGUCUGAAGGAGCCGGUCUUUUUGCUGCAAGUUUCAUUGCCAUUGUACCGGGAUAUAUAAGCCGGUCGGUAGCGGGUUCCUACGAUAAUGAAGGCAUAGCAAUAUUCGCACUUCAGUUUACAUACUUCUUAUGGGUGCGAUCAAUAAAAACUGGGUCCAUGUUUUGGGCAGCUGCUACCGCAGUAUCAUAUUUUUAUAUGGUGUCUGCAUGGGGUGGAUACGUGUUCAUCAUUAAUUUAAUACCACUUCACGUAUUUUUGCUACUAAUUAUGGGACGCUAUUCCCCAAGACUUUUGACCAGUUAUUCAACCUUCUAUAUUCUGGGUUUAUUAUUAUCGAUGCAAAUACCAUUUGUUGGUUUUCAACCCAUACGCACGAGCGAACAUAUGGCCGCUAUAGGUGUGUUUGUCCUAUUGCUCAUUGUCGCUGUGUUGCGGCAUUUGCAAAGCGUCCUGUCUCGGAAUGAAUUUCGUAAAGUGUUUUUGUUUGGAAGCGUUGUAGCUGCAAUUAUCGUAUUUGUUGGCGUAGUUUCGUUGACUGCGUUAGGAGUAAUUGCACCAUGGAGUGGUCGUUUUUAUUCGCUUUGGGACACAGGAUAUGCUAAGAUACAUAUACCUAUAAUUGCAUCAGUAUCAGAGCAUCAGCCAACAACUUGGUUUUCAUUUUUCUUCGAUUUGCACAUACUUGUGUGUUCGUUCCCUGUUGGAAUUUGGUACUGCGUUAAACACUUGAAUGAUGAACGUGUCUUCGUAAUAUUAUAUGCCAUUAGUGCAGUUUACUUUGCUGGUGUUAUGGUUCGUUUAAUGUUAACGCUAACUCCAGUCGUUUGUGUACUAGCGGGUAUCGCAUUUUCUACCAUAUUGGAAGUAUUCCUUAAAGAAGAUAACACUUCAAAAACUUCUAUACCAGGAGCAAUUUCAUCUAAUGCGGAGGAUCAUGAUGACAACAAUGUGGAGAAAAGAAAUCUUUACGAUAAAGCUGGGAAAAUAAAGUUUCGUCCAAAACAUGAUUCUCAACAUGAGGCACGAGGUGGAAUUGGCUCUAACCUGAAAAGCGUUAUUAUUCUCGCCAUUUUAAUGAUACUGAUGAUGUUUGCAGUACAUUGUACAUGGGUUACAAGUAACGCUUAUUCAAGCCCAUCCAUUGUUCUUGCCUUUCAUAACAACCAAGACGGGUCUCGUAAUAUAUUAGAUGACUUCCGUGAGGCUUAUUAUUGGCUUUCACAAAAUACGGCAGACAAUGCUCGAAUUAUGUCAUGGUGGGAUUAUGGGUAUCAAAUAGCUGGAAUGGCAAACAGAACAACGUUGGUUGACAAUAAUACUUGGAAUAAUAGUCAUAUAGCUUUAGUAGGAAAAGCAAUGUCAUCUACAGAGGAAAAAUCGUAUGAAAUAAUGACGUCAUUGGAUGUUGAUUAUGUGCUUGUUAUAUUCGGUGGAGUUAUUGGUUACUCCGGCGACGAUAUUAAUAAAUUUUUGUGGAUGGUACGAAUAGCAGAGGGAGAGCAUCCGAAAGAUAUCAAAGAAAGUGAUUACUUCACUGACAGGGGAGAGUUUCGGAUAGACUCAGAAGGUGCACCCGCCCUUCUUAACUGCCUCAUGUAUAAGCUUAGUUAUUACCGAUUUGGAGAGCUUAGACUUGAUUACAGGGGCCCAGCAGGAUAUGAUCGAACGAGGAACGCAAUAAUUGGAAACAAGGACUUUGAUCUUACUUACCUUGAAGAAGCGUAUACUACUGAACAUUGGCUGGUGCGAAUUUACCGUGUAAAGAAACCAUACGAAUUCAACAGGCCUUCAUUAAAACUCAGUGAAAGAACAUUAGCGCCAACAAAUUAUAUAUCAAAAAAGAAUUCCAAACGCCGUAAAGGAUAUAUAAGAAGUCGACCAACUGUGAUUAAAGGCAAACGGUCUAAGAAAUAACCAAAAAUGCAAAUUAAUAUAAGUGGAUUGUAUUAUAUUUAAAUACACCAUAAAAAGUUCACAUUUCCAAACAAACCUCACUUUUAGCGAAAUAUGAAAUCUUAUAAUUUGAUUACAAUAAUACGAUUUUGUUGUAUAGGAAGUGUACAAGAAUAUAAUAAGAUCAUUUUUAGAAA